AUUAUUACCACACCACUAAUCUUGUUUUCUUUCUAUUUUUCACCACCAUCAACAACCAGUAAGUCGCAAGUAUGUCCGCUCCUCUUAAGCAAUCAAACGCUCAAAACACCGUUCCUCCCCCCGCCCCCCAGCCUAGCUUCCUGCAGAAGAAGGGUCUUUUAGGUGCUGCCGGUCGUGGUGGCGUCAAGCCUGGUUCUAUCGUUUCUCCUUCAGAUGUCCUUUCACCCAUCUCUGCAAAGCUGAACAGCUCUAAGCAAAGGCACUUCCAGAAAGGCAAACCCGUGCACCUUGCGAGCCAGCUUAGUCAGCUCGCAAGUCAGGCCAGCCCUGCCUCUAAGGAAAACAAGCCCAAAAUCGACGACUUCUAAACACAUUGUCACACCCGCAUCCUAUCCAAAGUUUCCUGCCCUCUCCGCCAUAUAACUGUCAUCGCUUUCGACCGACUGUCGCCUGACACUACCCUUUUCCCACCGACAUUACUCUCUUCGACUAUAAUAUCUUUUCGCCGUCCUGAUAACUGUUGGAACUUGUACAGAAUGUCGUGCG